AGACGACCAAUGAUCAAAUCUAUGUCGUUGUAUGAUUUUUGUGGUAGUUAUCAAGUCCAGAUUAACUUUGUUCCGCAUCUGAGAGCAAUGUUGAAAAUUUCCCAAUUCUGCACACAUGCAAUGGUACCAACCAUACGGAGAAUGCCGCUGUUGAUCAUCAGCGUAGUGUGGUAAUACUGAUGGCUCUGUUCGUAGCUUCGUACCACUGUGUGUUGUGAUGAUACUGUCACUUACUGUCACGUGGAUAUCGCGGGCAGUUCGGAUUUUUUUCCAGAUGCAAUAAGGAGAAAGAGAUAACAAUAAUUGAUGGGCGUCGAAGAAGCAACAGCUUACUGGCAACCCGGUUUUAUUCUUGCUAGAAUUUGAAAUGGCUAAAUCAUCCAACAAGAAGUUAUUGAAACAGUUUUACAACUGUGAAAUCCUACGUGAUGGGCAAAUUGUUAGGGAAGAUUUGUGGGUUAGGAAUGGAAAGUUCGUUAACCCGGAAAAAAUUUUUUACGUCGAGAAAAUAAUGCCAGAUGUUAGGAUUGAUUGUGGCAAUGCUUUGAUAUCACCUGGAUAUAUCGACCUUCAAAUAAAUGGUGGAUUUGGCGUUGAUUUUUCUCACGACGUAACUACUGUAGAAUCUGGCAUAAAUAAAGUAGCCAAAACCCUGCUGGCUCAUGGUGUUACCUCUUUUUGCCCUACGCUGGUAACUUCGCCUAAUGAAACCUAUCAGAAGGUUUUGCCCAAAAUUAAAAAAAGAAACGGUGGCUCCGACGGGGCAACAAUAUUGGGUGUCCAUGUCGAAGGGCCUUUCAUAAAUCCUAUAAAAAAAGGAGCGCACGAAGAAAACUUUAUAAAAAAGUUUGACAAGGGUCUACAAUCUUUGCUAGACACGUACGGAAGUUUGGAUAAUAUUUGCUACAUUACAUUGGCACCUGAACUGCCAAACUCGUCGAUUGUUAUUAAAGAACUGCGUCAGAGAAAUAUCAAAGUCUCUGUUGGACAUUCCAUAGCCAAUUUAAGCGAAGGUGAACAAGCUGUUAAGAAUGGUGCUACUUUUAUAACUCAUUUAUUCAAUGCAAUGCUGCCGUUUCAUCACAGAGAUCCAGGUUUGGUAGGUCUUUUAACGUCAAUACGAAUACCACAAGAAAAAAUCGUGCACUAUGGGAUCAUAGCAGAUGGAGUGCAUACGCAUCCAGCAGCCUUGCGUAUUGCUCAUCGAACACAUCCAGAGGGCUUGGUCCUUGUGACCGAUGCUAUAUCAGCAAUGGGUCUUGAAGAAGGCGUUCAUCAGCUUGGACAACUUACUAUACAAGUUCGUGGCGGAUGCGCCUACAUUGCAGGAACAGAUACUUUGUGUGGAAGUAUUGCAGAAAUGUCCAAAUGCGUACGAUUCUUCAAGGAAGCUGCAGAUUGUUCAACGGUUGAAGCUCUGGAGGCUGCCACGCUGCACCCAGCAAGAGCGCUUGGUAUAGAAUCUACUAAAGGUGUUUUGAACUUUGGUGCUGACGCAGAUUUCGUACUGCUUACUUCAGAACUCGAUGUAAUAUCAACCUGGAUAGCUGGUGAACGAGUGUACUCUGUGUAAUAUUGUGAAUAAAUCAGGGACUGACCAAAUAAGUGAAUAUGUAAGUAAGGAAACGGUUUAACAAAGGAAAUAGUACGGUUAGUAUCACAGCAAAUUUUACCUCAUUCCAUCGAUUAAUGAGAAUUUUUCUAAUUAUAAUGGCUGUGAAUUCUACAUCACCCUUAUUGCUUAGAAUGACAAUGGAAAUUUAUUUUCAUACAUGAAGAAUUGAUACUGUUAUGAUGAUUAAGCAAGAGUGAUUUAUCCUAAUCAAACAAACAAGUCGAAUUUAGUCUAUAGUUCCAUCUGGAAUUCUUGUGUCACUGGAAUAUGUGCGUUGAGUGGAUCAGGUUUCCAAGCAACUCAAAUCAAAAUCUGAACAAAGUAAUUGGUCUCUGGGUCAUUAAUGCAAUUGUAAACACGAUUACUCAGAAUUCUUCGGAAAUAUGUUAGACUUGCGAAGUUCAAUACGUUUGAAUACGUGAUGACGAACCUUUUAAUGGAAUUUAUAUGCUACUUACUUUUAUAGGGUGCUCAAAUGGAUUAUUGUUAUUGGGAAAUAACAUGCAAUUUUUAUAAUAUAUAAUUGUUUUAUAUAGAAUUGAAUUAUUUCACUUUAAAUAAAUGUGAAUUUUAUGUACGAUUGAUGACAUUUUACCUUUGAAAAAAAUCAUAAAUCCAAUUUGUGCAGGUGUACAAACAGCCACAAAUGAUUCUAUGAAUAACAAUAUGGAAAACAAAAAUAAGCACAAUGGUUUACAAUGAAAAAGUUAAAUUAUUUUUAUUAUUUUUUUCUGUAUAAUCGUACCCUGGCAAACUACAAGGGCGUUUGAUGCGACAAAUUUUGUGGAAUGUUUACAGAAUUACAAUUACAACUGAAAUUGCAUACAGACAGGAUAAUAUUCACUUAUAAACUGCUGACAUAACAGGGACAAGAAUUUUUAUGGAAAUGUCUGCCUUGUGGUAUUACGAAAUGCAAAAACAGAAAAGAAAAUACACGUGAUUGCUCUACCAAACUUGACAGAAAUAUUUUUUUCUCAAUUGAUAAACUGCUCAGCAGUACAUAAAGGAAUAGAUGCAGUUUAAAUUAUCUACAUUAGCCGUAUUCCUUUCAUUAAAAUUUAUCUGUGCAAUUGAGAUUUUUUACAAUUCCUAGGCCAUAGCGUUUACGCAACAAAUAUUGAGUCGGAAGUGUGUAACUUUGCUGAUCUCAAUUCAAAGGGAUAUAGCUUAUACUGAAAGCAAAUAAUACAUAUUAUACUAAACUUGCGGAAUAUGUUCGUAAAUAUGCACUGUAAAUAUUUCUUGCAGCCCAACUCUAAGCACUGGUUUACUUUGCAGAAUAAAAUCUUUUGUAAAUAAGAGUCUCGUACGAGUUUCCAUAAAAGAAGUCGCUGUUUUUGUAGUAAUUAAACGAUAUCUAGAUGUUCAGAUAACAUUAACUGGAUUGUGAUUUACGUUGUAAGAGUUAUGUUGGAGUUGGGCUGCUUCUCCCGUCAACAAAACAAUAAAUUUCGCUGAAUAUGUACCCUUUGUCGAUUUGACUUUAUUUUAUAAGUAAACGAUUUCGCACUUAUAGAUAUUUCUAACACUCGGCACGGU